AUGUCAUUUCUUCGAAGUUCAUUUUCAAUUCGAAAAACAAAACCUCGUAAAGCUGUUUCACGUUCACCACUUAAAUUACCUGCUGAAGAACUUGCACGUGAACUUGGACCACAGUAUCAAACAAUUGAUGCUCGUAUUGGUAAUCAAAAGAUGGUAUUCGAUAUAACACAAGGAGAUUGGGUAGCUGAUGGAACAGUCGGUCCAGCAGUUAGUUCUCGUGAAAUGGGAAAACUAGAAAAGAAAAAACGAGAAUUAGAAGAUGAUAAUAAUAUGCUUCGAACUAAACUGGAUAUUUUACUUGAAAUGCUUGCUGAAGUCACUGCUGAACAUGAUCUACGACGUACUGGUUAA